CGUUGGUUCCGCUGCUGCUCGCCGACAGUAGUUUAUGAUGCAGCGCGUGCUGACGUUGAGACUCGCGCCGCUCCGCGUCUUGAGGAGGAAGCCCUCGCUGAGCGUCAGACCCGCGGCCAGCAUGUCCAGCUUGCUCAUCACCCAGCCCCAGUACAGCUGGCUGAAGGAGCUGGGCCUCCACGAGGACAACGCCGGCGUGUAUAACGGCGCGUGGGGGGGUCAGGGAGAGGUGAUCACUUCAUACUGUCCAGCCAACAAUGAGCCCAUUGCCAGAGUGCGUCAGGCGACCGUAGCAGAAUAUGAGGAAACGGUCCAGAAAGCACAAGACGCGUGGAAAGUGUGGGCAGACGUUCCUGCUCCGAAGAGAGGUGAAAUCGUUCGACAGAUUGGAGACGCUCUCAGAAGGAAGAUCACCGCUCUCGGCAGCUUGGUGUCUCUGGAGAUGGGCAAGAUCUACGUGGAGGGUGUGGGCGAGGUGCAGGAGUACGUGGAUGUGUGUGACUAUGCCGUAGGACUGUCCCGUAUGAUCGGCGGACCCAUUUUACCCUCUGAAAGGCCGGGCCACGCACUGAUCGAGCAGUGGAAUCCUGUCGGCUUGGUAGGAAUCAUCACUGCCUUCAACUUUCCUGUGGCCGUGUAUGGCUGGAACAACGCCAUCGCUCUCAUCUGCGGAAAUGUCUGCCUCUGGAAAGGAGCUCCGACGACACCCCUCACAAGUGUUGCCGUUACCAAGAUUGUAGCGGAGGUGUUGGAGCACAAUCAUCUUCCCGGUGCGAUCUGCUCUAUGACGUGCGGUGGUGCGGACAUCGGCACGGCCAUGGCAAAAGAUGAGCGAGUGGGUCUACUGUCCUUCACAGGCAGUACUCAUGUGGGCCAACAGGUGGCCAUGAUGGUACAAGAGCGGUUCGGUCGUCAGCUACUGGAGUUGGGAGGAAAUAACGCCAUCAUAGUGUUUGAGGACGCGGAUCUUAAUCUGGUUGUGCCGUCUGCUGUCUUUGCCUCUGUGGGAACGGCUGGCCAGCGGUGCACUACUACCAGAAGACUGAUGCUGCAUGAAAGUGUACAUGACGAGGUUGUGGAGAGGAUCGCUAAAGCUUACAAGCAGAUCCGCAUCGGUGACCCCUGGGACCCAAGCACUCUCUACGGACCUCUGCACACGACACAGGCUGUUCAACAGUAUCUGGCGGCCGUCGAGCAGGCCAAGCAGCAGGGCGGCACCCUGGUGUGCGGGGGAAAGAUUAUGGAUCGCCCAGGUAACUAUGUGGAACCCACUAUCAUCACCGGACUGCGGCACGACGCUCCCAUAGUUCACACAGAGACCUUCGUGCCUAUCCUUUACGUGCUUAAAUUCAAGACAGAGGACGAGGCAUUUGCCUGGAAUAAUGAAGUGAAACAAGGGCUCUCUAGCAGCAUCUUCACUAAAGACAUGGGCAGGGUCUUCCGCUGGAUAGGGCCCAAAGGCUCUGACUGUGGCAUUGUGAACGUCAACAUUCCCACCAGCGGCGCUGAGAUCGGAGGAGCGUUUGGCGGUGAGAAGCACACGGGAGGCGGACGUGAGUCGGGCAGUGAUUCCUGGAAGCAGUACAUGAGGAGGUCCACAUGCACGAUCAACUACAGCAAGGACCUGCCGCUGGCCCAGGGGAUCAAGUUCGAAUGAGCUGUGAUGUUGCCUAGUUAGCAGUGGGAAACGGCAUUUAUGAUAGUUUUAUGUAUAUCUGUUUGUACUGCCAGAUAAAAUAAUCCAAAACAGCUCAUCGAUCAUUGCAAUGCAUUUUGUAGCGCUUAUCCAUGCUGUCCUUACAGACUCAACACUGUUUAUUACCAAUAAACCAUGAGUCUAUAAACCCAAA